AUGGCGCCGGUCACCUUUCAUCUCUUAGCCUUACAUGUUUCUACGUCCUUCAAUGCAUUUUCCUACUCCAUACGCUCUUCAUCCAUCGCUGCAAGACCGCUCUACGUAGGCAAAUCCCAUCACUGGAUGCACGCACCGGGAACCAUUUCCCCUCAAGGCUCUACUCAGCGUCGGAGAAGAGAAAGUAGCGAAAUGGGAAUAUCUGGUCAUCCGCCGCACUCUGGAUAA